CUGAGUUGUAGUUCGCGGUUAUCUAUGCCUCCCACUUGGGAAAGUUCUUUCUGGCUUCGUGAACCCCUUUUUCUCUGUGGAUAUUCCCAAGCUCCCUGUUUUCUGCGGUGAGAGUGUGACUGUGUAACCCUGUGUGAGCAAAGCCACCCUCUGGGACCCAUGUGCAUCAUCUUCUUUAAGUUCGAUCCUCGCCCUGUUUCCAAAAAUGCGUACAGGCUCAUCCUGGCAUCCAACAGGGAUGAAUUCUACCACAGGCCAUCCAAGAUGGCAGAGUUCUGGGGCAACAACAACGAGAUCCUCAGUGGGCUCGACAUGGAGGAAGGCAAGGAAGGAGGCACAUGGCUGGGCAUCAGCACUCGGGGGAAGCUGGCAGCGCUCACCAACUACCUGCAGCCGCGGCAGGACCCAGAUGCGAGGGGCCGAGGUGAACUGGUGGCCCACUUUCUGACCGCAGACAUGGACAGUUUUUCCUACUUGAAGAAGGUCUCCACAGAGGGUCACCUGUACAACGGCUUCAACCUCUUAGCAGCCGACCUGAGCACAGAGAAGGGAGAUGUCUUCUGCUACUAUGGAAACCAGGGGGAGCCCGAACCCAUUGUCCUGGCGCCAGGGACCUAUGGGCUGAGCAAUGCGCUGCUGGAUACGCCUUGGAGGAAGCUGUGCUUUGGGAAGCGGCUCUUCCUGGAGGCUGUGGAGCGGAGCCAGGCCCUCCCUAAGGAAGUCCUCGUGGCCCAGCUUCUGGACGUGCUCAACAACGAGGAGGCGCAGUUGCCAGACCCGGCCAUUGAGGACCAGGGCAGGGAGUAUGUGCAGCCCAUUCUGAGCAAGUAUGCGGCUGUGUGCGUGCGCUGCCCAGGCUACGGCACCAGAACCAACACGGUCAUCCUCGUGGACGUGGAUGGGCAUGUGACCUUCACAGAGCGCAGCAUGGUAGACAAAGACCCUUCCCGCUGGGAGACCAGGACCCACGAGUUUAGGCUGCAGAGCUAAGACCUCCCCCUGAGCGCAGCCAGCAGGCUCCUGUAAGGCCCUGCCUUGAGGACUGGAUGGGAACCUUCCACAGCACAGGCACUGCCUGUGUGUGACUUGGCCAGCAUCCCUCAGCACCAGGGCCCUCUGAUUUGUGUGUGAUCUGUCUGUGUCCCAGUAUCCAGCUCGAAGUCCAUCCUUAUGCCAGUGGGAGUGGCAAGUCCCACACAAGCCAGGUCAGGGGCAGGGCCAGGUGCAUUCACACAUGCACGGCACACCUGGCCCUGCCCCCUCCCCGUGCAUAGAGACACCCACGCAAGGCACAUGCUUACAUACAUGCCUACAGGUGUACAGGCACACAUGUACACCCAUGGGGCACACACACACAGGCACAGGCAAUAGAUGUGUGCACACUUGCUGGAACACACACACGCUCCCAGGCAUACACACACAUGCGCUUGUGCCAGACAGGCAGAGGUGUGCCUCUCACACCCACACUCACUUCUGGCCAGUGGGUCUUUGGCUUUGAUCAAAAACAACAGGAGUAGACCUUUGUCUAGAAGUGUCCCCUUCUCUCCUGGACAUGGUCCAGUUCCUGACAACCAGACCUGCUCUUGGAGGACAGACAGGCCACAUUUGAAAUGAGGAAUGAGGAAGAACCAAGGAAAACCUUCUCUCAUAACGGAAGCACAGUCUGGUUGGUGGAUCCAGUGGUCCCGUGUGCAUGGGACUAUCCCGUGACUGGAGUCCUGCGUGUGCUGGGCACCCAGAAGCCUGUCAGGCCCUCCCUGCCCACUGGUCGUGGGUUCUGGGCAGGUCCAUCUCGGCGAGGGGACACAGCCAGCCCCUGCCCAUCCCUCCUCUUUAGGCGAAUCACACUUCACAGGAAUCUGUACUUGAAUGUGAGACGUUGACAAUAAAACGCUGAGGCUAUGGUGAGUCCAUCCA